UAUCAAAUUUCUGUUACUAAACUCGAAUAUCAUGAACAUCACAGACACACGAAAAACAUUUACACACAACAAACUAAUCACUAAAAUCAGAUAGGAAACAGAGAGAAGAGAGUGGUAUAAGAAAGAAAACACCAAGAGGAGCAAAAAUGGCACAGGUAAAACCUGUGGAGAAACCCCAAGAAUCCUCUGACAUGGAAGUGAAAGAUACAGGGAACACUACUUCCUUCAAAUUCAAUGCUCAGGCACCUGAAUUUGUUCCCAGAUCGCAUACCCAAAUGCCGAUUUCGGGUUAUUUCUAUCCCUGCUUUCACUUUCUUGGUGACACUGCUUCCCCGGAUUGGUUUUAUAUUGGGGACCAAGAAAUACCUCCUUAUUUGAUCUCCAAUCCCAAUAUUCCUAUAACCAAUCGAUCCAAGAAUGUACUACCCGAUGAGCUUCAGCAGAAAAUCAUCAAACAGGUGGAGUACCAGUUCAGUGACAUGAGUCUAUUAGCAAAUGAAUCAUUAGCAAAACACAUGAGUAAAGAUCCUGAAGGAUAUGUUCCGAUAUCUGUUGUUGCUUCUACGAAAAAGAUGAAGUCACUUAUUAGUAACAACCAUAUGCUUGCACAAGCACUCCGGUCCUCUUCAAAGCUUGUUGUAAGUGACGAUGGAAAGAAGGUUAAACGUAAGCACCCUUUCACUGAAAAAGACAAAGAAGAAUUGCAGGUAAAACAGAUGCUUCCUAAACUAUAUGGAUCUAAUUUUUUUUUUUUUAUGGUUCUAUUGGAAGAUUCAGAGUGUUUACUUUUUUCUUUUUUGCAGUCUCGUACUGUUGUGGCAGAGAACUUGCCAGAAGAUCACUCUCAUCAAAACCUAGAGAAGAUAUUUAGUGUGGUUGGGAGUGUGAAAACUAUCCGAAUAUGCCAUCCCCACGAAUCCAAUUCUUCCCGGUCCAAAGGUGAUUUCAUUAUUAGCAACAAGCUCCAUGCGCUGGUGGAGUACGAGACAACAGACAUAGCAGAUAAAGCGGUUGAUAAGUUGAGUGAUGAGAGGAACUGGAGAAAAGGACUCCGAGUAAGGACUUUGGUCAGACGCUCGCCAAAAUCCGUUUUGAAGAACAGAAAGUCUGAAUUCGAUAUUUUAGAGGAUGAUGACACACCACACUAUGAAUCUGCAGAAGAUAGUUCUCAGCCAAGCCACAUUGAUCUGGUUAUUGAUAGUAUGAAUGCUGAAGAAAAUUCAAUGGGAUCCAAGAAAGGAUGGGCAUGGGGACGUGGGAAGGCCCGGGGGCGUGGUGCAAGCCAGAGUGGACGUGGCCUGAUUGCUCCAUCUCCGCAAUCAGGCUGCGCCAUACAGUGUGAAGCCUCUGCCAAACCAAAUACAAAGGGCCCGAGGAUGCCGGACGGGACUAGGGGUUUCACCAUGGGAAGAGGCAAGCCAUUAAGAACCACCAGUUCGCCUUAAGAGUGAUGGAUGGUGGCUCAUUUUUGUUCUGAUCUACUUAGUUACUAGUACAUGUCUGGCUCUGUCUUCCCUGCAAGUCUUGGAAAAAGGGGAAGUGGAUUAAGCGGCCAUUAAAUGUGUAAUGGAUUAUACCUGGUGUUGCUGAUUUUGUUGGUUUAUUCGGUGAUGUAUGAUAUGUGGUAAAGUGUGGGAAUAGCUCACCAUUUUUUGUUUCUCAUCUUUUAUAGAGCUACUUUGCAUUUUUCAUGGGAACUCAAUUCUUUUUGUACAAUUCUAUUUGAAUAAUAA